AUGAAUCUCGUAUGGCACAGCAUUAAUCUUCCUCCCAAUGAAAUAUACCUAGAUAAGCUGCUAAGGUGUGGCCAGGCAUUCCGUUGGGUCAAGAAUAACAAUAUAUGGUCGUCAACUCUCAAUAACCGCGUCGUGUUUCUUCGUCAAACGGAAGAUCAACUGGAAUACGCGUCGUUGACUUCAUCUCAAAAAAAUUCCUCAAACAUCAAAAAGUUACAACCAAAAUUAGAAGAAGACACUCAAGACGACGUUCUGGGUCUCAUCUCAAAUUACCUCAACCUGCAAAUCAGCAUCGUUCAGUUGUACAAAGAUUGGGCGUCCAAGGAUGCUCACUUCGCCAAGGUGUCGGCCGCGUUUGCAGGAAUCAGGAUGCUACAACAAGAUCCUUGGGAAACACUGAUCUCGUUUAUAUGCUCUAGCAACAAUAAUGUGAAGAGAAUAUCAAAGAUGUGUCAUGCUCUUUGUCUAGAGUAUGGUGAUUUUAUCGUGGAGUAUGCAGGAACCAAAUAUUAUUCUUUUCCAACCCCUGUCCAACUUGCAUCUCGAGCCUCAGAAGCGUCACUUCGAGAACUAGGGUUUGGCUAUCGGGCACGUUACGUCUACGAGACAGCCCAGAUGUUAGCAGAUGACAAGGCACUCUUCAUGCAACUUCACAGCAUGCGCAGCAGUAGCUUCACUGAUGAGCAGGUGCACGAGUUUUUACUCCAGUUUAAGGGAGUUGGUCCUAAAGUGGCCGAUUGCGUUGCUCUAAUGUCGCUGAAUAGACAUUCGCUCGUGCCUAUUGAUACGCAUGUUCUGCAGUUUGCACGAAGAGAUUACUCCUAUAAAUUCCGUGGUAGAUCGAAUGCUACCCUCUCUUCGGCCAUGUACGUUGAUAUGAAAAGAUUUUUCGUUGACAAAUGGGGCAGCUACGCCGGGUGGGCCCACUCAGUUCUUUUCACCCGGGAUUUAAAGUUAGAAUAG